GACAGAAACAGGACCUGCUCGACGACGAAUUCAAAAAUCUCGUCGAAGAGAGUCGCAGCAAGGCGCACAUGGACGACCGGACGUUGAGGCAUGCGGCAGGGCCACUCAUCGACCUCGAGUCGCAGCACGACUGCUCAGUCUGUCUCGGACGAGUGUGCAAAGUGUUCGCCGUACUCACUGUCAUCACCGGUAUCUUUGCCUUCGAUACAUCGUAUCGUGUCGUCUGCAUAGUCGGUCGCCUGACGAGCAAGAAGUUCCUACCAAAUUGGGAUUUCACUGAGCUCUAUGACGUCGACUGCUUGAUUGAUAACCCGUAUUUUGCUCCCGGAUCGAGAAAGGUCGAUUGCAGUGUGUGUAACGACCUCGAGGUCGAUGGUAUGGAGGUGCUCGAGUCUGCUGACUCGGAUGAGAUUUUUGACGAAUUUCUCAAGGUUGGGAGACCGGUUGUAGUGAGAGGUCAGAUGAGUGACUGGCCGUGUAUGAUGCCCGAGUCUCGACUCGACGGACAAAAAAUUAGAAAACUGUAUUCGAACAAUAUUAAUAUUAAGACAGUGCCGUGUCAUUUCACUGUUCCAUACUCGACUUCCGACAAAAAAAUUUCUGAUGUAUUGCAACAUAUGGAGAGAGGAGAGCAGGUGCUUGCGGGUUGGGAAAACUGCGAUCUAAGGACAGCAAACGUGCUUAGAGCUGAAUAUCGGAAACCUCCGUGUCUAUCAGGAGUAACCGAGAUGUCGAAUACGAACUGGAUAUUUGUGGCAGUGAAUGGAAGCACUUACCCUUCGUGGAAUGUUUUGCCUGAAUUCGAAGGCCACGGCGUGUGGAUCGCUGUCAUAGAUGGAGAGCUGGAAGUAACCGUGCACCCACAGGCGAUCUGUCAAUCGUCGUGUAAAUCGAUGACGAGGAUUCUCGUCACUGGAGACAUCCUCUUGUACACGACCGAAAUGUGGUACGUGGAAUUAUCGCAUAGGGUUAAGGAUGAGGCCGUGGGAAUAGCAUCAACCGUGACGUGGAACGUUGCAUAGUGUCGGUGCCACUAGUUUCUGCAUAGACCAAGUUCCAUAACUAUAAACUCUGAUAGAAAUUUUUUAAUAUCAUUGAAGUUGCGAGUGGUGGAGUAUUCGUUCUGAAUUUACCGAAUAUACUACUUAUGUAUAGCAGAUAAGAUGAGAGGUCAAUAGAUUCUUGAAAACAUGUCUUUUAGAUUGUCUUUUUUUUGAGUCGUCGUUGUCAGGGAUAUGAAGCAAGCAUGCAUAAUCAUUACAGUCAGACUGUCUGUCCUAGAUACUAGCUGCUUGCACUAUCAACGAUACAAUGAUCGAAGUAAAGACAGUUUUAUGACAUUAAAUUAAAUAAUAAAUAAUAAAUAAAUAAAUAAUAAAAAAUAAAAAUUAAAUAAUAAAUAAUAAAUAAAUAACAAUAUAAAUAUGAGUGCUGCAGGUCAUCACAACCUGCAGCACUUACAGAAAACA